GAAUCGGCGAACAGUGUUCAGACGUGCGAAUGCAAGCCCAUACACGUAUGCUCACCCGAGGCAAACGUACGUGUGUACACCGUUUAAGUCUUAUUAUUUGGAUAUUUAGCUCUUCGUCCACUGACUCAAUUUUCUAACCUAAAAUUCUGAUCAGGAUCAGAAAAACAUUCUUCUUUUUUUUUGUUGUGUAUGGUUCUGUUUGCCCACAUGGUUUUACUUUUUAAACUCUAAAAAUGGGCAAAUCUAAGAAACUUAAAGCAUCAAAAAAGGGACAAUUACUGCCUCUUGAUCAACAAAUAGUUGAGAAUGAUCAGGUAAAACCGAAAGGACGUGAAAAAGUCAGAAAUCGUACCGAUGAAGAAGAAGAGUUUGUUGACUCGCGUUUGACUUCACGAAUCCUUAAUCAGGCAAGACGCCAACAGCAGGAGUUAGAGGAUGAAGUGGGAGCAACUAAUGAACCAGGAGCUAGGAAGAAGAUCAGCUUGGGUGGAGUGGAUGACGAUGAUUCUCAGAAUGAAGAGCAGUCAGACAAUGAGGACGAGGGAAAAUUUGAUUAUGGUGGUGUACCUAACGUGACUGAAGAAGACGAACGCGCCCUGGAGAUGUUCAUGAGCAAGAACCCGCGAAAACAGCUGACCCUGGCUGACGUCAUCAUGGAGAAGCUGACCGAAAAGCAGACCGAGCUGAGGACCCAGUUCUCGGACAACGGCAGUCUCCAGAUGCAAGAUAUUGACCCGAGGGUGAGGGAGAUGUAUGAGGGAGUCAGAGAUGUGCUCGUCAAGUAUCGGUCGGGCCGAGUGCCCAAAGCUUUCAAGGUCAUUCCCAAGUUGAGGAAUUGGGAGCAGAUUUUGUAUCUCACUGAACCGCACCGCUGGAGUGCCGCCUCCAUGUACAUGGCUACUCGCAUCUUUGCGUCGAAUCUGAAAGAGAAGAUGGCUCAGCGCUUCUACAACCUGGUGCUGCUGCCGCGCGUUCGUGACGACAUAUCAGAGUACAAGCGGCUCAACUUCCAUCUGUACCAGGCGCUCAGAAAGGCGCUCUUCAAGCCAGGCGCCUUCAUGAAGGGCAUUGUUUUGCCCUUGUGCGAGAGUGGCACAUGUACACUGCGCGAGGCGAUUGUGGUGUCGAGUGUGGUGGGCCGCAACUCGAUUCCAAUGCUGCAUUCGGCGGCCGCACUGCUCAAGUUGGCCGAAAUGGAGUACACCGGCGCCACCUCCAUCUUCCUGCGAACCCUGCUCGACAAGAAGUACGCGCUGCCCUACCGAGUCAUCGAUGCCCUUGUCUUCCAUUUUGUCAGGUUCGAGCGUGACAAGCGUGAGUUGCCCGUGUUGUGGCACCAGUCGCUGCUGACGUUUGCACAGCGCUACAAGGGGGACAUCAGUUCGGAGCAACGUGACGCCCUACUGUCGCUCCUCAGGAGCCAAUCACACGCCACCGUCACGCCCGAGAUACGCAGAGAGCUGCAUAACGCCAAAUGCCGCGACCUCGAGAUGGACCAACCACCCGUCUCCACCUCCCAAAUGGAGGCCUAGAUUGUUGUUUAUAAAAAUAAAAUAUGUAAAAUAAUUAAUAGAAAUUUUCGUUAA